AUGCACUAUGAUAUCAGAGUCACUCUCAGAACUCGAAGGUUCGGGAAGAUCCUCUCCACCGCACAUGUUCAUGUUUACGUUCUGCAGGCCUUAUCCGUAUUGUGCGUAGAUACUCCAUCCCUCCGCAUCAUGGCCGAGUCAAGCAAGCCCAAGCUGUUGAACGUGCUCGACGGCGCCGUAUAUGGCUUCUCCGUAGUGGCGGGCUCCAAGGCCGAAAGGUGCAUUGCAUUUGCAGUUGCAUCUGCAGCCGCAAAAGCACUGCACUGCUCCCUCAAUUACCCUCCCAUACUACUCUACUCCAGCGUACUCCUACAGUCUACCCAGCUCUGA